UAAAUUUAUAUUUUAUAAGCAAACUCACAAGAUGUGAGGCCCUGAAAGGGGUAUGUAAAAUGGGGACUGUAUGAACAUUGACUGAUGAUGAAUUCAACCACUUUGUCAUUUAAAAAAUUUCUCCAUAGUAUUAUAUUGAAACUUUCCCAAAAAUGUUGCAGUCAUUCCAGAUCAAAUAAUGAAAAGUGACCCAAUGUCAGGCCUUAAUGUGUUGAGCAUGCGUAACAAAACGCCCUCUUCCUCAGUAAUAUUUAGAUAAAUAUUUUCAAACAGACAAUAUAAGUCAUCUAUUUAUACUGAUUAUUUACCAAUUUUGUUUUUGUUUACACCAGUUGGUGUUAUAAGCGAUUGCUAUUAGAUGACAUGUUCAAGCAUAUAAAAUACCAAUUGCAAUCGAAUAAUUUGAAGGUGGUCGACUUUAUCAUCUAUUCGAGUUUAUCAUCAGUACCAGUAAACUAUGGAAAACUAUUAUUACAAAAUAACAUUAAAAGAAUGAAACUAAAAGUUUUUCACUACAAAAACAGAUUAUUGGAGUAUUGAACGCCAGCCGACUAUAUGACAAGCCACUACGCUACCACUAUACCACCCUGAGUAGUGGUUAAUGUUAGUAUCUUAACAAGGCAAAUCAAAUCAUGGUAACUUCCUAAAUUUUCAGACGAGUCUAUGAACUCCUAAACGUCAAACCCAAACCACAUCUUAUCAAAUGGCAAGUAUUAAGUAAAUAGUGUGGUAUUGUGACUGACAUGUUAUGAAUAAUGUUGCAAUUUAAUCUGUAACUCUCAUAGAAGAUUGUACGAACAUGGCCGAGGAAAGAGGGAAUGAGCAACAAUCAUCUUCUACAGUUGCAGAAAACACUGGAACUUCUACAGCUGCAGAAAACACUGGAACUUCUACAGCUGCAGAUAACACUGAAACUUCUACAGCUGCAAAUAAUACUGAAAAACUACCAGCAUGGGUUGUGGUUUUCUUACGCCUGUGCUUGUUCUCACCAUUCAAGUGGAAAAAUUGUACACUCAGUGUCAGUUCUAUCCAUUGUCUAUGGCUGGGUGUACAUAUAGCAAAACUUGUCUACCUUACAAUUCUAACAAUCAAAAUUGGUAACUGUCGGGAAACAGUCAGCACUGUCGUCGGAGAAGGCUAUACUGCACUGCAGCAUACGCUGUUAAAAGAUUGGGAUGCAAGUUUUGAGACAUUACCAUACCCACCAGCGCACGGCAAAUUUGCUUCUUAUUCAAUCGAUGACUUGAAGAGUAGAAUAAACUAUACCGUCGCAAAGGAAAGUAUCUUUCUGUUCAUUCCAAAAGUAGAAGAUAACAUACUCAGAUCUCACGUAUGGGACAGUCAGCUGCUAUGAAUUAAAUUUUAGAACAGCUCUGGUAUAUUUUGGUACAUGUACAAUUGGUGGUAUCAUCUACCUAGCACUAAAACCGUAAGAAUAUAAAUCAUGCCUGUGAAUGUCAAUGUAUACCCAGGCCUUUGGACCGGAGGUAAGGUACAAGCGGCCUAACUAGUAGAUAAUGGAAUCAGAAUAAGCCAAACAUCUUGAAUACCGGUAACUACGAGACAGUGAAUAAACCGCCUUAUCUUUUCAAGACUUUGGCUUAUAACGCUUCUAAUGCCAUAAUUUUCGAACGUAGCGAUCAGCAAAAUUUACACUUAGCAUGAUCUUAUUGGAAAGCUAAAUGCAAAACAGAGUUACUGGACCUGCACAGUGCAUUUCAACUCAUUAAUGUGAACAAUUGCGUGAAGUUUCAACCCAUUCCUAUUAGUGGGUACUGAGAUUCCAGCUUAAUAAAAAGACAUUUAAAUUAACUAUUUAACCAAGAAU